UUUAUCUCUAUCCAACGUGUCCCUCAAAAACCGAUUAAUCUCAAUACACUUUUCGUCCCACGUUUGUGUCAAAGAGGACGACAAAUUUCUCGAGCAACGUAAGCCAGCCACACCAUCACAAUGAUCUUUAAAAAAUGGCAUCAAUCAGUGGCUAUACUUUGAUAAGAUAGUGCUAUCAAUGUUUGGCGCAGAUUGAGGAACAAUGUUCGCCAUAAAUACCGUUUUUGAACAGAGAAACUUACUAAUAGAGCGUUGAGUAAUGUCAUCGAAAAAUAAUUAAUACCAUUCGUGUUGUAACCUAAUACAGUAAUUUUGGGACAUCAAUAUGUCAGGAGACACAACGUACAAUUACGAAGGCUCGAAGAAUUUCGUCAUCGAAAAUGGGAUUUUGAAAGGUGGAGCAUUGAACUAUCUCACCGGCCAUGACAGUUUUGGGGAACUGGUGCUCGAACGAUUGCGAGCGAAACCCAACUUUGUUGGAGAGGUCGACGGCGCUACUGGUCGGGAAAUAAACUUUGCCGAAAUGGAAGAAAAGAGUGUCAAGUGCGCGAUGUGGAUGAAAGAACGAAAUAUUCAGGCAGGUGACACUGUCGGAAUUUGUACUCACAACCAAGUUGACAUGUAUGUACCUUGCUUCGCUUCACUUUAUCUCGGAGCUGUAUACAAUCCAUGGUGGCACACUAGAAUUACCAAAGAAAUGGCCAAGCACUUUCUGCAUCUCGCUAAACCGAAAGUGGUGUUCGUCGACGAACCGUCAACUUGCUUGGUCAUCGCAGCUGCAAACGAGAUAAAAAUGGAAUUGAUAAUAGUCGUGUUCGGCAAGUCAUCCAAGGCUCAGUCGCUCGAUGACGUUAUCGAGACGCAGCACACUGAAAUAGUAUCAACGUUUAAUUGCACUAAGUUAUCGAGUCUCGAUGAACCUGCUGUUAUCGUUUUUACUUCCGGAACGACCGGAUUCCCGAAAGGCUCGCUGCACUCGAACAGAUCGGUUCUUGGGAACCUGCCGGUCUGGACCGAAACGAAAGAAAGUAACGGGCCGGUAACAUCGAUGAUAUUUUCGCCACUCGCAUGGGCCACCGGCGUAAUGAUAAUGCUGCGAAGCAUCUUCCAAUACGAAACGAGAAUCAUUUAUCCGGAAUUCAAUGAAGAGAAGAGUCUCGAACUUAUAGAAAAAUACAAGGUAAACUGGAUGCUGCUGGGCACGAGUUUCGCAACGAGACUUCACUGUUGUUCAUCGAUUGAGAAAUACGAUCUCAGUACUCUGAAAAAUUUGUGGAUAACUGGAGGUAUCGUAAGAAGAGAAAUUCAAACGAAAAUAUCCUCCAAAUUCCCAGGAAUAAAAAUCCUGCAGAUGUACGGUUCGACCGAAUUGGGGGGAAUCGCUAUAAUGCAAAACGAAAAUACGAAUUUCGGUUCGUCUGGCACAAUCGUUCGCAAUAUGACAAUGAAAAUCGUCGAUCCUGAGAGCGGAAGAGUUCUGGGGCCGAAUAAAAAUGGAGAAGCAUUAUUCAAGUCCCCUUACAUGAUGACGUCUUAUUACGACAGUCCUGAAGCAACGAGAGAAACGAUUGACGCUGAUGGCUGGUUGCACAGUGGUGACAUCGCUUAUUACGAUGAAUCCGGCCAGAUUUACAUAGUCGAUCGGAUUAAGGAGAUUAUUAAAUACAGAGGAAACCACGUGUCACCAACCAUGGUAGAAAAAACUCUGCUGCAACAUCCAGGAGUGUUGGAGGUUGCUGUGCUGGGAGUACCUCAUAAAAUCGAUGACGAGCUUCCCAUUGCUUUCGUAUUGAAGGCGCCCGAUUCUAAGGUGACGAAAACCGAGCUCGAGGAUCGCGUUGCCAACAUGCUGCCCGAUUACAUGAGACUCCGUGGUGGGGUUGAAUUUGUCACCAAAAUGCCUCACACCGCCUCCGGGAAGACGGCCAAAACAGAGUUGAAAAAAUUAUUAUCAAACUACUCGAAAUGAUUGUUCCGAAAAUAUAAAUUUCAAUGCUUCACAAUUA